AUGAUGGCCACGCUUAUCAAAGACGCAGGUGCAAGUAAUAAGUACGAUGUUUUUCUAAGUUUUAGUGGGCAUGACACUUACACCUUCACAAGUAAUCUCUAUUAUGCUCUGCGCAGCAAGAGAAUCAAAACCUUCUUCUUCCCAAAGGAAAUUCAAAAUCAUGAUGACCAAGACCAACUUCAGCUUUCACCUUAUGUUUCCAAGACAAUUCAAGAAUCGAAGAUUUCAUUUGUUGUUCUCUCCCUAAACUAUGCAUCCUCCACCCGUUGUCUCGAUGAACUUGUGAAGAUCCUUGAGUGUACAGAUCCUCAAUUUGUUAGGCCAAUCUAUUAUAAUGUAAAGGUUUCGCAUGUAACGCAUCAGAUGGGGCCGAUUAGGGAAGCCUUUUUGAUGUUAGAAAAAAAUUACCCUGACAGGAUACAACAAUGGAGAAGAGCUUUGCGUGGUAUCACUUACGUUUGUGGAUGGCAUUUCGGAAAUGAUCAGUUUGAUUAUGAACUCAUCCAAAAGAUUGUUGACCUAACGGUGCGAUAUAUGCCCCGUUACGAUGUUUUUCUAAGUUUUUGUGGCGAAGAUACUCGUUACUCUUUCACAGGAUUUCUCUAUCAAGCUUUGCGUCGCGAGGGAUUCAAGAUCUUCAUGGAUGACGAGGGAUUGGAGGGUGGAAACCAAAUUUCACAAACUCUUUUGAAAGCAAUUGAGAAGUCAAGGCUUUCGAUUGUUGUUUUGUCUGAAAACUAUGGAUAUUCGACAUGGUGUCUCGAUGAACUUGUCAAGAUUAUGGAGUGCAAGAAGGCCAAAAGCCAACUAGUUUGGCCAAUAUUUUAUAAAACAGAACAAUCUGAUGUAAGCAAUCAAACAAAAAGUUAUGGGGAAGCUAUGAGAGCACAUGAAGAUAAAUUUGGAAAGGAUUCUGAGAAUGUCCAAAAAUGGAGAUCAGCUUUAUCGGAAGUUGCCUUAUUGAAAGGAGACCAUAUCAAAGAAAAUGAGUACGAAUAUGAAUUCAUAAAGAAGAUAGUGGAAAGAGCCGUUGAAGCUGAAAAUCAUAUGUGA